AUGCCUGCUCCGAUGAGACUGGCAAACGGGCUUCUGACCCGGGCCAUCCGCACCGCUGCCAUUGAAUCCGCGCCCACACAACGCCUUCUCCGCAACACCUCGCAAUGCCGUGCCUACACCCAAGCACAGCGCCCACGAUGCGAACAAAGCAUGCGCAGCAUGAUCACCUCACAGAACCACUUCUCUACCUCGGCCAUUCGCGAGAAGCAAAAAACAAUGGGUCAGCUGCGCCAGCGUAACACGACCGGUCCGUUCUCAUGGAAGGCUGCGCUGCUGUUCGUGUUGACUGGUGCGGGUAUGAUGCUCUACUUCCGAGUCGAGAAGGCUCGUCUGGAGCGUAAGCGCAUGACGGAAAUGAGCAAGGGUGUUGGAAAGCCCAAGGUCGGUGGUCCGUUCGUGCUGAAGGAUCUCGAGGGGAAGGAGUUCACGGAUGAGCAAUUAAAGGGAAAAUACAGCUUUGUCUACUUCGGUUUCACUCACUGCCCCGAUAUCUGCCCGGAUGAGUUGGACAAGAUGGCCGAGAUCAUCGAGAUGGUCAAAGAUUCUACUAAGGACGAGAAGCUCUUCCAGCCUGUCUUCAUCACUUGCGAUCCUGUCCGCGACACCCCUGAGGUCCUGCGCGACUACCUGGCUGAAUUCCACACCGGCAUUGUUGGCUUGACUGGUACCUACGAGCAGAUCAAGAAUGUCUGCAAGCAAUACCGUGUGUACUUCAGUACUCCCAAGGAUGUGAAGCCCGGCGAGGACUACCUCGUUGACCACAGCAUCUACUUCUACCUCAUGGAUCCCGAUGGUGACUUCGUUGAGUGCAUUGGUCGCCAGGAUACGCCCAAAUCUGCAGCAAGCGUAAUCCUGGAGCAUAUCAAUGACUGGAAGCGCGAAGGCAAGCCAUUGAAGACCGAGUAA